CCUGCACAAGUAAUGGUGGAAAAUGCUGAACCUUCAACUCCAGAAAAGGCAACCUCUUCGUCUCAGCAGACUGUACCUUCAGUAGUUUCAGAACACGACGCUUCCACCUCAAGUCAGGCUGCUUCUACAGCAGCAGCAAAACCAGCUGUCGGCUCAGAACCAGAUACAAAGAAGCUCAGCUAUGCAGAAGUAUGCCAGCGGCUGGCCAAGGACCCACUAGUGACACAGACCAUCGCUGCCUCUCCACCGGCUUCCACGGCCAGCCAACCUCUCCAAGAGCUCAAAGUCAACAAGGUGGUAGAGGCUCAGACCUCAUCCAAGCAUUCUAUUGACAAACCAAAGAAACCAGGAGAAAACCGGCCCCCUCGUCAACCCCUGCGCUCCUUCCGCGGGGCAAAUGGUCCAACUAGAUUCAAAAGUGCAGGAUUGAAGACCCGUGAUCAACAACAAAGUGCAAACAAUGGAAAGAGGUUUUCCCGUCAGUGGGGAGCCAGAUAUAGUGGCAAGGAACAGAACAUUCCCCCAAGCUCACUAAAAUAGCUAAAGGAAUAUUUCAGAAACAGAAACUGAGGUGUGUGUGUGCUCACGUGCGCCUUUUAUCUCUCUAAAGAGACGUGUAUACUUAUGUCGACCGACUACGUAAAAAAAUACUUAAUGCCUUUUUGAAAGACAAGUUGAAAUCAGUUUCUCAGGAAUAAGCACUCAGUCUGCCAGACUUGCUUAUUUACACUUUUAAAAAA